GAAAGCAUUCUGAACCAGGAAGUACCGGGCGUUAACAUGGCUUCGAAACGACAGGACGAGAGUUUAACCGAGGAGGUAAUUUGUCCCAUCUGCCUGGAUUUCUUCUCUGAACCUGUAAUGCUGGAGUGUGGACACAACUUCUGCCGCUCUUGUAUCACACAGUGUUGGGAAAGGCAGGAGAGACACUCCUGCCCGGAAUGUAGAGAGGAGAUUGCAGACCGCACCCUAAAGGUCAAUCGGGCCUUAGCAAAUCUGACUGAGAAAGUUCGAAAACUAAACGUGAAUCCGAAAGAGAAGGAAAGUAAACUUUACUGCGAGGAACAUGAGGAAGAACUGAAGCUGUUUUGUGAGACGGACAAGACACUGAUCUGCCUGAUCUGUGCGACUGCGCGGGAACACAAGUCCCACAACUUCAUGCCGGUUAAAGAAGCCGUUCAAGUCUACAAGGAUCGGGUUAGAUCUUCCUUCGACUCUCUCACAAAAAACAAAGCAGACUUUGAGGAAAUGGAGCAGCAACAGAAGGAGAGGAUUUCCGGAGUACGGAAACAGUCACACGUCCUUCAGUCCCAAGUCACAUCGCAGUUUGCUGAACUGCACCAGAUUCUCACCGAGAAAGAGCAGCGCAUUCUCAGAGAGCUCAGGGAAGAAGAGGAGAGGAUUGUAAAUCCAAUGGAGAAAAAUCUUCGAGAGAUUCAAAAGAAUUUAAAUUCUAUUCAGGAGAUCUCAAGGUUACAGGAACAAAUGGAUCAAAAAGAGAGUGUGAUAUUUCUCAAGGAGGAAACUCGUCGGAAGAGGAGAAUUAGUGAGGACAUCAACCAAUUGACAGUGACAGACGGUGCCAUUCUGGUUGAAAAAUUCGAUCACCUCUAUUUAUUGAACUCAGCGUUGAGAGAAAUACUUGAUGACAUCAAUCGAGUCUCUGUCACCCUGGAUGUGGAAACGGCGCAUCCGCGGCUCGAGGUGUCUGAGGAUCGGAAGAGUGUGAGACGGACCGGGACCCGGAGGGAUCUCCCUGACACCGGGAAGAGGUUCACAGUCUGGCCUUGUGUGCUGGGAUCGGAGGGAUUCACAUCGGGGAGACAUUACUGGGAGGUGGAGGUGACGGGGAAUCGGUGGUGGAGUCUGGGAGUCGCCGCAGAGUCUGUGAAGAGGAAGAGAGGGGUCACACGGAGUCCGGAGACCGGAUUCUGGAUCAUCGGGCGGGUUAAUGACGAGAUGAAGGUUCUCACCUCCCCUGAGUCCCGUCUCCCUGCCGGUCCCAUCCCCGGGAGGGUGGGUGUUUAUCUCAGUUACCAGUCCGGGACAGUUUCAUUUUACAACGCGGAGACCAAGUCCCAUCUCCACACCUUCACUGGGAAUAAAUUCACGGAGAAACUUUAUCCUUUGUUCGCGAUUGGAUAUAAAAACGAGUGGCUGAGAAUCUGCUCCGGUUCCGCUCCGGGUCUGUAAACGGGUCGGGUCCGGGACCGGCGUCAGGAUAAGUCAGUGUUGUAACUACCCAGACGGCGUGUUACGUGUUUCUCCUCCGACCUGAGUGUGUCCUCAUCGUAGCAGUAGAGGAAGCCGUGGACUGACAUAUCGGAAUGGGAAUGGGAAGUGGAUAUUAAAUGGAUGGCAACUGGAAUCCCAGCUUUUGUGGUGGAUGGAUAAAAGGUGCCCGAUGAUCUGGUCUCCCAUUCUAUGCCCGAUCUCACCGAUGGAUAAGGGAGUCGCAAAGAGAGGGAUCCCAGUGGAAAGCUGAGGGAAAGAUUCCUACAGAAAGUUGGAAAAUUAGUCAGCUCCAUCAUGAGUACUAGCCUCCGUCUUUGGACUGAGUGAGGAGACCCGAGGUCUUAUCGGGGAGAAGGCAGGAGAUGGGUGGAAAAUGGAUCAGCCAUGAUGAAAUGCCGAAGCAGACUCAAUGGGUCAAAUGGACUAAUUCUGCUCCCAUAUCUUUCUGGUCUUGUGGUCACUCAGAGGAAACUGACACAGUCAUGGGGAGAACCUACAAACUCAUUACAGGCAGCAGCAGGAAGUGAACCUGGAUCGCUGACAGUGUAAAGCCCUGUGCUGGCCACUGUGCUACCAUGGCACCCUGGACCAAGGUUGAGGGAGGUUCAGUUGAGUCUGGGUGUAAGUGAAGACAAGACUGAGAUAAAGUACAACUGGAUGGACGAGAAACUCGAACACAACUUUGAGCUAGUUCAUCAUCCACACAGUCUGGUCCCUGCGAGCCGACUACAACCUCACCAAGACCAGAGCUGACUUUGAAGCAAAGCGAGACGGAACAGCAGAAGUGGGAAGAGGCCAUGAGGAACUGAGAAGAUGAUCUGACCUUUUGAGUGCAGCAGGGAGCGUGCUGGGAUUUUAACCGCUCUCCUGCGACUGCGUACACCUGAAGGAUGGUGUGGCAGUUCUUCACACCGGAUCUGGCUUGAGCUUAAACUCAAGGAUGGGUUGGUGAUGGUUACAUGAAGUUCCUGCUGUCAUGUAGUUGCCAUGUGAGGUGGGGGAGUAGGAAUUGGUUAGCUGCCAGUUGUCGGGAGUUCUGGAUCAAACCCGGGUCUGGAGCCGUGAUACAGCAUCUCUACCCGCUGCGCCACUGAAACACCAGGCAUUUUUCAGAGGGGUUGAGCUUGGAUUUCAGCCCCCCUCCGUCUCCCCCUUCAGAAUAUCCAGAUGAUGGCUUGUGGCCCAAGGCUGUGAACAUCCCCAGCUGCCGUCUGUUCCCCUGGGAGUUUACAGAAAAUCUUGUGCAGGUUCUCUCACCUCGCACUGACAAGGCGGACUCCACUUCCAGUGCCAGCGUUCUCUGUGACCAAAUCCAGGUUUAGGGAUGUGCACUGCUGGUGACCAAUAGACCGAUGUUAGCGUUUGAAGAAAGAGAGUGGACCUCAUUCCUCACCCACUUGUUCUUCUCACCUUUCUGGCAAGAUCAUUGCUCAAACACCCUCACUGUAACCCAGCUCCCUUUACACCUGUCUCAAGGUGAAGGCUGAUAGGGUUUGAAAAGGAUUUGUUUUCUGCAACAGUGCAGUGUCAACAAGAAAAUCAACUGAAUAUUUACCGAUGGAUUCCCUCACUUUGAUCUGCCUUGGAGUCAUUAACUGACUACCCAGUAUUUCAGCAGGUCACAGCCAUGUCAGUUUGUGAUAAUCUCCAUGUUGCUCUGGUUGUAUAGGAUCUCAAUUCAGUUAUUCCCAUCUUGUUUCCCCCGGUUGUAUAGGAUCUCAAUUCAGUUAUUCCCAUCUUGUUUUCCCCCCAUCACCAACCCCCAAUCCUGUUUCUCCCCACCCACUGUCCUGUCUACUUGCUCCUUCCCAGCAUUCAUUCACCCUUCUCCCACUGUGAGUAGACACACCGGCCAUUACAUAAGAACAUAAUCAAUAGCAGCAGGAGGAGGCCAUCUGGCCCGUCGAGCCUGCUCCGCCAUUCAAUAAGAUCAUGGCUGAUCUUACCCCACCCCACCCCUCUCCUCCUUCUCCCAAUUUAGAGCUGCCAUGAGCUUAAGUAGACAUUUAUUGUUCUGUUCCAAGAAUGUUGGCUUGUUUGGGGUUUUCAAUCUAUAAGUGAUGCUAUAAACUUGAGUGCUUUCAAUUGUCCUGCUGCUGUGAUUUUUAAAUUUAAUUUGCAGGAUUAUCAACUGAUAACAUUUGUUGCAAAAAUAGGUUUGCCUGGGAAUGUUGAUAAUGCUAAUCUCUGCCGUUUCAACAACUUGAAUCACUUUGCCUCUUGAAAUAACAAGUGAUUGAAAUACAAUUUGGAAUUCCCUUAACAUAA